AUGCACAGCUACCACUCGAUCAUCAGUAACAACAGUGACUUUGUCCUGGAUUUCGACAAUGAUGAAGAAAAAGACACCCCCGUCUUGCUAAGCUUGGUAGAAUCCGAUGAUGAGACAGCCGAAUUAUCUUCUGGCGAAGAAGCAGCAGCAGAAGAAGUCUGUGAUAUGGAAUUUCUUCAUCGUCUGAUUGCCGAUGCGGGACGGUGGGCCUUUGGAAUCAUUUUCGCCGAGUUGUGGGUAUUGGAUGAUACGGGGACUCAGUUAUUUCGUCCCGAUUGUGGAUGGUGGAUGGAUCACUAUGCUUGUGCCACUCAUGCAUUUUCCAAACUUGUCGAUUCAUCCUUGCCAGAUUACAUUCCUGCCGAGCCCUGCAUGCCCGGCAUUGGAUUGCCAGGAUAUCUUUGGGCGCAAGCUACAAACAAGGCUGGUAAUACAAGACAAAGCGUAAUGUCUGGUCGACAGAGCUUAUUCCGGAAAAGUAGUGUCGGGAUUAGAACAAGUUUACUUGGUGCUGGUGGUGGGGGAAAGAUGAGUAGUGCUGCAACUCGAAGUAGCAUGUAUGGAACAAUCAGUAACCUGCACAGUUCCAACGGUCAGCACCAACAGAAUCAUGAGCAGUGCUGUGGCCACCAGCCGCAUUCCAAAAUGUCCUGGUGCGAGCUCAAGCCGUUGGUCAACGAUCCAAAUCAACCAUACGACGAACGCACCCAGUAUCUUGUCAACAAGGCUGGACUCGGGUUGGCCGCCGGCGUCACUUUUGAUGUUGGAGGCACGCGAGGAAUAAUGAUCUACAUGGCCCGUGAUACGGUCAGUCUCAAAGAUCUGGCCGAUUCUACCAACGAAGAAUACUUGCAACGAGCGACCAGUGUCAUUGGAUCGGCCUAUUCCCUGAGAAGGGCACGGAUUGCCGUGGUGAAAAAACGAAGAAAAGACAUCAACAAAUGCUGGCGACGGGUCCGCAUCAAGCUGUUGGCGAUCCGAUGCAUGGGAUUGUCUCUGGCCAAAGUGGUUGAAAGAGAAGAACAGAAAGCUGCUUUGCAAAAAGGAAAACCACAAAGCAUGAAGGAUGUCAUGAAAGAACUAGAUGGAACCGUCGACAAAGUGGCGGGGUAUUUCAAAGCCAAGAUCAAGCAAGAAACCAAAAAGUUCAUGGGUGCCAACGUCAAGGCACCGCCUCCUAUGGGAUGGUCAGCAUCCGCUUUUACCUUUAUGGGUUGCUUUCUCACCUUCGGAAUGUUGACAAACUUCAGCAAUGUCAUGGUGAAGAGCUUUGGACCCGAAUAUUUUAUUGCGCUACCUCCAUUUGGCGCACUGAUGGGUUUACACUAUGGUUUGACAUCAGCUCCUGCAUCUCAGCCUCGAAAUGCGAUUGUCGGUCAGGUUCUGGGACUCACCAUCGCGCAUUUGAUUGGAACCCAUCUCAAGGCCGAGCUGUGGAUGCGGCAAUCACUGGCGAUCGCUUGCGCCGUUGGAAUCAUGGUCAAGUGCAGUGCGAUUCAUCCACCAGCAGGAGCAGCGGCAGUAGCCUUUUCGACUGGAAACUUUACAUGGGUUCAAGUGGGAAUGAUGUUGGUCGGAAAUGUCCUGGCCAUUCUGUCUUCCACACUGAUCAAUAAUUGGAAUGAUCAGCGGCAGUUUCCUACGUUUUGGGGAUUCCGUCCAAUCAACGAUUACUUUUCUGCAUUGUUUUCCGCAAAGAAGGAAAGCAUGGACAAGGAGAAAUAG